AAACACGCGGAGUCAUUUCCCCUUUGAAGACAACUCAGCGAUCCCCUCCUGUUUCUGCUUCGCUACUGUACUUGCAAAAUAGUGCGCCCUACUGUCUCCAUUGCGCAUGACUGUACGUCGUAAUAUGAAGUAGGCCUCCUGUUUUUCUCCCCAACCCCGGAGUCCUCCCCGGCCCCCACCGCCUCGAUGUCGAUGCAACGUUCAAGUAAGCAAAACACGGAGGUUGCUGUCGAUUAUUCGGGAAGGUGAGGUGUGGCUCUCUCACGUGAGGAUUUCUCCGUGCCUGGAAGCGUUGGCUCGAAAAAGUGGGAUAGUUACUUUGCCUGAAACGAGACAUUCCACAAAGUAAGUUUGACCACGAUGUCGUUCCCGUGGUCUGGCUCCCUCUCAUGACCCCAAUGACCCCGACACCAGUUGUGACCAGAGAGUCAGCUUUGGCCCAGAACCCGGUCUACAACCCCUAAAAAGACUGACCGAGUGCAUUGGCUGCAUUGGGGUGGUCUUCCAAAUGCCUACCUCACGCCUAAAGAGCAAAUCACUGCAGCCACAGCCCUGAUCAGCAGCCACCAUGACAUCAAGCAUCGGGGAUGAUUGUAGUAUCUUUGAUGGGUUGAUGGAAGAAGAUGAAAAGGACAAAGCAAAACGUGUGUCCCGAAACAAGUCUGAGAAGAAACGGAGAGACCAGUUCAAUGUCCUCAUCAAGGAACUCGGCACCAUGUUGCCUGGCAACACCAGGAAGAUGGACAAGUCCACCAUCCUGCAGAAAAGCAUCGACUUCCUGUGCAAACACAAAGAGAUCGCAGCCCAGUCGGAGUCCAGUGAAAUCAGGCAGGACUGGAAGCCUCCAUUUCUUAGCAAUGAGGAGUUUACCCAGCUCAUGCUGGAGGCUCUGGAUGGGUUCUUUAUAGCAAUAAUGACUGACGGGAACAUCCUCUACAUCUCCGAGAGUGUCACCUCUUUACUAGAACACUUACCGAUGGACUUAGUGGACCAGAACCUUUUAAACUUCCUGCCUGUCGGGGAACACUCCGAGGUCUACAAGGCUCUGUCGACGCACCCCACUGACCCCGAGAGCCUUAGCACGGAUUACAUGAAGAGUAAGAACCACAUGGAGUUCUGCUGCCAUAUGCUGCGAGGGGCCAUUGACCCCAAAGAGCCCCCUGUCUAUGAAUAUGUCAAGUUCAUUGGCAACUUUAAGUCUCUCAACAACGGUACGUCAGUCCCCAACAUGACGAGGAACGGUCUAGCGGGGGUGUUGCAGAGAUCACUUCAGCCUGCGUUCGACGACCAGGUGUGCUUUGUAGCCACUGUACGCCUGGCCAAACCUCAGUUUAUCAAGGAGAUGUGUACAGUGGAGGAGCCCAAUGAAGAGUUCACCUCUAGGCACAGUCUGGAAUGGAAGUUCCUCUUUUUAGACCACAGAGCUCCUCCAAUCAUAGGAUACCUGCCUUUCGAAGUUCUGGGAACAUCAGGGUACGACUAUUACCACGUGGACGACCUGGAGACACUAGCUAAGUGUCAUGAGCAUUUGAUGCAGUACGGUAAAGGGAAGUCUUGCUACUACCGUUUCCUGACUAAAGGUCAACAGUGGAUUUGGCUCCAAACGCACUACUACAUCACCUACCACCAGUGGAACUCUCGGCCUGAGUUUAUCGUCUGCACGCACACAGUAGUCAGCUAUGCAGAGGUGAGGGCAGAACAGCGCAGAGAGCUGGGUAUUGAGGAAGCCAACCCAGAAGUUACUGCAGAUAAGAGUCAGGACUCUGGCUCCGAGUCACAGUUGAACACGUCAAGCCUCAAAGAGGCUCUGGAGAGAUUCGACCGCAGCCGCACACCAUCGACCUCAUCGCAGAGUUCCCACAAGUCCUCAUCGCACAUCUCUGACAACACUUGCACGUCAACGGCCUCCAGGCUACACAUGGACACGGCCACGCCCCCACGACAGUCCCUGGCCUCCACCAUGGAGAUCUCGCAGCGCCGCUCAUCCAUCAGCAGCCAGUCUAUGAGCUCUCAGACCACAGGGCAGAGUGUAACUCCAAGUAUGAUCACUCAACAACAUCAACAACAACAACAGCAGCAGCAACAACAACAACAACAACAGCAGCAACAGCAACAACAACAGCAACAACAACAGCAACAACAACAGCAACAACAACAGCAGCAGCAGCAGCAGCAGCAGCAGCAACAACCACAGCAGCUACAGACAAACGUACAGCCGGUGAUUGAGUUCUCCGCCCAGGUGAACGCCAUGCAGCAUCUGAAGGACCAGCUGGAGCAGAGGACGAGACUGAUCCAGGCCAACAUCCAGCGUCAGCAGGAGGAGCUGAGACACAUCCAGGAUCAGCUGCAGAAAGUGCAGGGAACGGGCAUACAGAUGUUGCUGCAGCAGCAAGGCGGAGCGAUGAACGUGCAGCUCCCACAGGUGGGGCAGGUCCAACAGACGACGACUCUGACCAAUCAAGUCCAGCAAACAACAAUUAACCCCGUCCAUUCAGGAACUCAGCAGCUCACCAUCCAGCAGCAGGCCCCGCCCCCUCAGCAGAACCUCCAGCAGCAGACCAACACCCUCACACAGGCCCAGCGUCAGCCCCAGCAAACCCAGCAGGCUCAGCCCCAAACCCAGGGCUCUGUAUCUGCUCCUCUGUACAACACCAUGAUGAUUUCACAGCCAGGGCAGCCCAACGUGCUGCAGAUCAGCACCAGCCUGCCACAGAGCAACACGCAGCCGGGCACCGCUGUGGCCACCUUCACACAGGACCGACAGAUACGGUUCCCAGCAGGGCAGCAGCUGGUCACCAAGCUUGUGACGGCUCCAAUGGCAUGUGGAGCAGUCAUGGUACCCACCUCCAUGUUUAUGGGACAGGUGGUCACUGCGUACAACCCCUUUGGAGGACAACAGCAGGGAGGACAGACACAGACCCUGACUCUGCAACCAGCUCAACCUCAACAAGGCCAGCCCGACAACCAAAACCAAACAACUGUAGUGGCACAGAGCGGCCAGCAGGGGCAGCAGCAACAGCAGCAAUUCCUACAGGGCACUCGUCUCCUCCAUAGUAACCAGUCUACCCAGCUGAUUCUGCAGGCAGCUUUCCCACUCCAGCAACAGGGGACCUUCACCCAGGCGACCCAUCAACAGCAACCACAGCAGCAGCAGCAGCAACAACAACAACAACAACAACAACAGCAACAGCAGCAGCAGCAGCAGCGGCAACAAUCUCACCACCAGAGGCACCAGCAGCAGCUGAAACCACAGCCCCAGAAACAGCAGAAAGCCCCGUCGUCGCACAGGACUGACAGUGUCAGCAGCCAACCGCAGUAAAUCCUGGAGGAAGAUUUCUGGAAGUAGAGACACGGGGGAACUGAAACUCUUUUAACAGAUUGCUGCAUACGUGUUUGUUUUUUUGUUUUUUUCUGGUCGUGUGGCUGGAAACAAAUGUCCCCUUUUUUCCCCCCACGAAAAAAAUCGCUGCCCUCCCUUCCUUCAUCUGAAAAGAAGUGAAUCAUAGGAAAGAGGAAAGCCUGUGAGUCUGCAAGGAACUCACCAAGGAUUGUCACCAUGGCAACAGGAUGGAUAAAAAAUCCCCCCUUUUUCCCUCACCAGAGGCGGGACUGUAAGGGAAGAACACACUUAUUGCCACGGUAACGGCAGACUUUAUUUUUUUUUUUUUAGGUGUGUCAAAGAGGACUGAACUUGUACAGAUUUACUGUAUGAUAAAAAAAAAAAAACAACAACAAACGUGUAAAUAUCCAAUAUAGCCUAACAGGAAACAGAAAUGUAGUAUUUUAUAUGAUUGCAUGGAAAGAAUAACUGUGUAAGCUUUUAUUAGUCGCUUUUGAAAAAUUGAAUUUUUACUUUGUUCAAGUGUUUUCUGGUCAAAGACGGAGCAGUGACGUGCUCUCUCAGAAACCCCCCCCCCCUCUCCCUCCCGCCCCGCCCCGCCCCCUCUCUUCUCUUAAAAAAAAAAAAGAAGUCCAGAGUAAGGCUUUAAAGUUCUGUCGGUUUGUUUUAAAAAAAAAAAAAAGGUUGGGCUUGGGUUUUUUUUUUUUUUUUUUGUGGAAGUUGUGUUUUUAAACAAAGAGGACAAAGAGGACUGUCUCUGAGACAGAAAUGGCUCUUUUUAAACUUUGUAAGAAAACAUUUUAUUGUUUGGCAAGAAAAAUCUACAUUACAGUUUAACUGAACCAUUCACGGGACGAUCACUGGACGUGUAACGGGUUUAAGUGAUUCCAAGUGCCAAUAACAUAGUUUUUUUGUUUUGUUUUUCUUAUUAUUUCGAGCAGACUAUUCAAAGGCGUCGAUAUAUUUUCCAACAAGAUAUUACCCCGUAUAAAAGUCCAUGCGUGUGUAUAUAGUAGGGAUUAUUUUUUAAAACAGUCAGAGAGCCCUAUACGUAACAAACAGUAUAUCCUCAACCUCCUGAAACUUUAGCACUUGAUGUGGUUGUGUACAGUAAAUCACUGUCAAGACCUAGUUGUUUGUAAUCUGUGGUGUGAUUCUGUGAGCUAGUGUGUGUUUUUGGGAAUACAAUCUUUGUGUGCAUGAGUGUCCGUGGUUGAUGUGAGUGUGUGUGUGUGUGUGUGUGCGCGCGCGUGCGUGUGUGUGCGUGCUUGUUGCCCCUUGUGUCUUAUAAUAAAUGACUUAGUAAGGGUUUGAAGUUGCUGGAUGGUACUUGUAUUCUCAGGAAUGUGGGAAAGUUAUUCGCUUCUGCCUCAGUCUGGAACCAGACCAGGAAGGAUUAAACGGUGAUGCUGCAGAGACCGGAGGAAAACGUGACGCAAAGGGGUGGUGUGUUGAUUUAAUCGAAUUUGACCCAGUUUCAAAAAAAAAAAAGAAAAGCUUUUUCUUGUUUCCUUAUCGAGAGAGAGUGUGGAGGGAGAAGUCUCCACAGUAACAGCAUGGUGUUAUUCUGGCUGUUAUGGAGAAAUCACCACGAUUUGAAGACGUCAUGUACCAGCAUUUCUACUGCCUCGCUUAUCUCUGCAGCAUCGGCGUUUCAUCCUUCUUACUAUUCCUCCGCCUCAGAAACCCUCAUGCAGUUCAGUCCCCCACCACCACCCCCCCCCCCAUCUCUCAGUUCUCGUACAGCAGUUAAAACCGGGGCUGCGUCCGGGUCCGUUUGAAAAUGGAAACGGGCUCAGCCCCUCUACUACAGAUGAAAGCCAUAUCAAACAGAAAAGCCUUGGAUUGGAGGAAGUGUCAUGCUUGGCAAAGGAGCUUUUAGAAUGUGUUUGUCCUGUCUCAGAGUAUAGUAAAGACUGAGUGUGAGUGUGAGCGUGUGUGUGUGUGUGUGUGUGAGUGAGGGCGCAUGUGUGUAUGUGUGUGUGUGUGUGGAUAUAGCGUCUCCGACUUCUUGUAUCACUCGGGGGUCAUUAUUGGUUUCCCCUGGCGAUAGCCAAUCAGUUCUUGCGUUGCAGUAUAAAGAAAUAAUUGUAAUAUUCAAGAAACUUCCUCUCCAGUUGGGCUCAGUAUUCUGCAGGCCCUGUGUGUGUGGGACAGCUCAACUUGAAUACAUGUUUGUGCGUGAGAGAAAGCGUUUGUAUGCAUGUUAACCGUCACUGUAACCCAGUAUAUUUUCAUAUGGAAACAAGAAGUGUGACUGGAAAAAAAAAAGAGAGAGUCCAUGUCAGGCAAUGCAGAGCGUUGGUCACCUGGCUGGUUAUAGAGAAUAUGGGCAGUGUUAUUGUUUUACAAUGACAGACUGCACACCUUAUCACAAACCCUCAGAGAACAGUUCAUAAAGUAGACCGGCCGUGUGUCCGACUAAGCAGUAAGGAAUAGAAAUAUGUGUUUUAACGUAGAGCGGCUUACUAUUUGAGCGUGGUCUCCACCUCAUCACAUCGCAUACUCAGAUCCUCUUUACAUGAGUUUGUGUUGAAGGCAUCACUCUGAAGGGUUCAUUAUGAGAUGUUUUAGUUUGAGUCACUGAUACCCAGCCCAAAGAAUGUAAAGGUGUUUUAAAGAGACUAAUGGAUGUUGUAACUGUUGAUUCUUGGGGGAAAAAACAGGCUUUAUGAUGAAGGAAAACAAAGGGGUAUGAAAACAAAAUCAUGUCAAUAGUCCAUUUAUAAGAAUCUGAAAUACAAUCACAUUUACAGGCUCGGCAUUGUAACAGAACUUCUGAAUGUUUCACCAUAACGAACUUUCUGUUUCUCGAUCUUGCAACGAUCUCCUGACAACAAAGGGUUGGAAAAAAAAAAAAAAAAGAGUUGAAAGGUGAUGAAAGGUGUAUAGGUGUAUUUGGAAUUGGUCACGAUAAGACAGGACAGCGAGGCCCCCUUCUCCUCCCCCACCCCCCAGCCCCUCCAUAGAGAUACACAGAUCACCUUUCCACUACACAAUUUGAGUUCUAAAGAGUUCUAGUCCUAGUAUAAUACUGUACACACACACAAAGCGAAGAACACCAGUAUUCAGUGUAAAAUGGUGCUAUGCUUACCUGUACUGUAUGUAUGUAUAUCCCUUCUGCUCUUGAACUGUGCUCCUUUAUCUAACCCCACCCCCCCCAAAACGUCAAACGUAAUAAUAAUCAAUAUUUUGAAGACAAAUGUUUGCUAUUAUUAUAUUAUAACCUCCGCCCCGCCCCUUCUCCCCUCUUGGUCAAUUUGAAAAUAAAAACAGUUGCAAAUAUUAUACGUGA